GCGGGUCGGACGUCGACGCCCCCGGCCGUCCUCGCUCUCGGCCCCGCCCCGCCGCGGCUGUAGCCGCCGAGCUGCGCCGCCAGGCACCGCCGCCGUCCGGGUCUCGGCCCGCAGCCGCCCGGCCAUGGCUUCGGGCCCCGCGGAGGCGGAGACGCGACAGAGGCUGCUACGCACCGUCAAGAAGGAGGUGAAGCAGAUCAUGGAGGAGGCUGUCACGCGGAAGUUUGUCCACGAAGACAGCAGCCACAUCAUCUCCUUCUGUGCGGCUGUGGAGGCCUGUGUCCUGCAUGGGCUGCGGCGGCGGGCGGCGGGUUUCCUGCGCAGCAACAAGGUCGCAGCUCUCUUCAUGAAAGUGGGCAAGAGCUUCCUGCCCGCUGAGGAGUUGAGCCGCAAAGUCCAGGACCUGGAGCAGCUGAUCGAGAGCAUGCGAAACCAGAUCCAGGGCCUCCAGGAGAACGUGCGGAAGCUGCCGAAGCUGCCCAUUCUGUCCCCACUUGCCAUCAAGCACCUUUGGAUCCGUACUGCCCUGUUUGAGAAGGUCCUGGACAAAAUUGUGCAUUACCUUGUGGAGAACAGCAGUAAAUACUAUGAGAAGGAAGCGCUCCUGAUGGACCCUGUGGAUGGCCCCAUCCUUGCGUCUUUGCUGGUGGGGCCCUGCGCCCUGGAGUACACCAAGAUGAAGACUGCGGAUCACUUCUGGACCGACCCCUCAGCCGACGAGCUUGUCCAGAGGCACCGCAUUCACAGCUCACACCUGCGACAGGACUCGCCCACCAAGCGUCCGGCCCUCUGUAUCCAGAAGAGGCAUUCGAGUGGCAGCAUGGAUGAACGGCCGUCCCUCUCUGCCCGUGACUAUGUCGAGUCCCUGCACCAGAACUCCAGGGCCACCCUGCUCUAUGGCAAGAACAACGUGCUGGUCCAGCCGAGGGAUGACAUGGAGGCUGUGCCAGGAUACCUGUCCCUGCACCAGACGGCUGACGUCAUGACCUUGAAGUGGACGCCCAACCAGCUGAUGAAUGGGUCUGUGGGGGACCUGGACUAUGAGAAGAGUGUCUACUGGGACUAUGCCAUGACCAUCCGCCUGGAGGAGAUUGUCUACCUGCACUGCCACCAGCAAGUGGACAGCGGCGGGACAGUGGUGUUGGUCAGCCAGGACGGGAUCCAGAGGCCGCCCUUCCACUUCCCCAAGGGAGGGCACCUCCUGCAGUUCCUCUCGUGCCUGGAGAACGGGCUGCUCCCCCACGGGCAGCUGGACCCACCACUCUGGUCUCAGCGCGGGAAGGGCAAAGUAUUUCCCAAACUGCGCAAGCGAAGCCCUCAGGGUUCCGCCGAGUCCACAUCUUCAGACAAGGAAGAUGACGAGGCCACGGAUUACGUGUUCAGGAUCAUCUACCCUGGCAUGCAGUCUGAAUUCGCUGCUCCCGACCCCUUGGACAGCACUCUCCCCAUCUCUGUGGGCCCUGCCUGGAUGGUGGCUCCUGCGGUCCGGUCCAUGCUGGGGGUAGCCAGAGACAGUCAGUGGGCACGAACCAGAUGGGACACCACCCUCCCCCUGCCAAGCUCGAAGCAGUCACCUCCCAUCCCCCAGGACGUUACGGAUGUCUCCGUGAGCAGCCUGCCAUCCCUAUGGCACCCCAGCCCCCGGAAGUCCUCCUGCUCAUUCUGUUCACAGAGUGGCUCAGCUGACGGCGGAUCAGCCAACGGCUGCAACCAUGAGAGGGCUCCCUUGAAGCUUCUCUGUGACAAUAUGAAGUACCAGAUCCUUUCCAGAGCCUUCUAUGGAUGGCUUGCCUACUGCAGACACCUGUCCACCGUGCGAACCCACCUGUCAGCCCUGGUCAAUCACAUGAUCGUGUCUCCAGACUUGCCCUGUGAUGCUGGACGAGGGCUGACAGCCAGGAUCUGGGAGCAGUACCUGCAGGACAGCACGAGUUACGAGGAGCAGGAGCUGCUGCGCCUCAUCUACUACGGGGGCAUCCAGCCAGAGAUCCGCAAGGCCGUGUGGCCCUUCCUCCUGGGCCACUACCAGUUCGGGAUGACGGAAACAGAAAGGAAGGAGGUGGACGAGCAGAUUCAUGCCUGCUACGCACAGACCAUGUCGGAGUGGCUGGGCUGUGAGGCAAUUGUGCGGCAGAGGGAGCGGGAGUCCCAUGCGGCUGCCUUGGCCAAAUGUUCAUCAGGGGCCAGCCUGGACAGCCACCUGCACCAGAUGAUGCACCAGGACUCUACCAUCAGCAACGAGUCCUCUCCCAGCUGCAGUUCAGGCCGCCAGAACAUCCGCCUACAGAGUGACUCCAGCGGCAGCACACAGGUAUUUGAGUCUGUGGAUGAGGUGGAGCAGGUAGAGGCAGAAGGCAGGUCGGAGGAGAAACAGCCCAAGAUGCCUAAUGGGAACCUGGUGAAUGGCACCUGCUCCCCAGACUCUGGCCAUCCUUCCUCCCACAACUUCUCUUCAGGCCUCUCGGAGCACUCGGAGCCCAGCCUGAGUACAGAAGACAGUGUCAUGGAGGCCCAGCGGAACGCUUCCCUGGGGCUUCGGCCCGGGGACAGCAGUGUGGAUGAUGGGCAGAGCAGCGAGGCCACCACUUCCCGGGAUGAGGCUCCCCGUGAAGAGCUGGCCAUGCAGGACAGCCUGGAGAGCGACCUUCUGGCCAAUGAGAGCAUGGACGAGUUCAUGUCUGUCACCGGCAGCCUGGAUGUGGCUCCACCAGAAAAGGAGGUCGCCAUGAUGGGGAGCUGGGGGGGCGGUGAGGUGCAGAAACACGGCCGGGUGGACAGUGAAGACAACCUCUCAGAAGAGCCUGAGAUGGAAAGUCUCUUCCCCACCCUGGCUGCUCUGGCUGUGACCACGUCUGCCAACAGUGAGACAUCCCCUGUGUCUUCCAGCGGUGUCACCUACUCCCCUGAGCGGCUGGACCAGUACACGGUGAACCUGCACCGCAUCGAGAAGGACGUGCAGAGGUGUGACCGCAGCUACUGGUACUUCACUCCUGCCAACCUGGAGAAGCUGCGCAGCGUCAUGUGCAGCUACAUCUGGCAGCACAUUGAGGUCGGCUAUGUCCAGGGCAUGUGUGACCUCCUGGCUCCGCUGCUGGUCAUUCUGGAUGAUGAGGCCCUCGCUUUCAGCUGCUUCACGGAGCUCAUGAAGAGGAUGAACCAGAACUUUCCCCAUGGGGGCGCCAUGGACAUGCACUUUGCCAACAUGAGGUCGCUAAUCCAGAUCCUGGACUCGGAGCUCUUUGAGCUGAUGCAUCAGAACGGGGACUACACUCACUUCUACUUCUGCUACCGCUGGUUCCUGCUGGAUUUCAAGCGAGAACUCGUCUAUGACGAUGUCUUCUCCGUCUGGGAGACCAUCUGGGCAGCCAAACACGUCUCGUCCGCCCACUACGUCCUGUUCAUCGCGCUGGCUCUGGUGGAGGUCUACCGUGACAUCAUCCUGGAGAACAACAUGGAUUUCACAGACAUCAUCAAAUUCUUUAAUGAAAUGGCCGAGCGACACAACACCAAGCAAGUCCUGAAGCUGGCCCGGGACCUCGUGUACAAGGUGCAGACUCUGAUCGAGAACCAGUGAGGACCACCAAGCCCCAGCGGCAUCCGCCACCCGCCUGUCCUGCCCGCCUUUCCUCCUGGCCGCCUCGGGAGCCAGGGCCUGGGGUCUGUUCGUGAGCGGGGGCUUCUGUGCAAAGAGAAACCAUCCCGACUUUGGCCGUGGGGCAGGUGGGAUCGAGGGGUUGCCCCUUCAGUUCAGCCUUACGUUCUCCUGUUUGACCAAAGAUCGCCCAAGCCUGGAUUUCUCCCUUGCGGGAGUUGGGGUUGGUGGUGACGGAGGGAACAGCUUUGCUCGUGGCCCCCAGAUGGCCUCUCUCUUCUCCCCCACCCCUCCAGACGGUCUUGUCAGAUGAGACUCUGUGAGGGGAUUUUUUGGAAAUCGAUGUAGGAGAGCCCUGUGGGGCUACGUCUAUACGCUGAAAGGGGCCUUUGGAGGUAUUCUAGAACAUGGUAGAAGAUUGGCAUGGAGAAGUUUCUGCCCUCAGCAUUAUUAUUGCCGUUUGGGCUGAGCAGUUCCUUUUUGAUGGGGGCUCCUCUGGGUGUUGUAGGAUGCCGAGCAGCAUCUCUGGCCUCCCCCCACCCCCAGGUACCAGGAGCACCCUCUCCCCACGCCAAUUGUGACAUCCCAGAAUGUCUCCGGACAUUGCCAAAUGUCCCCAUUUGAGAGCCACUGGCCUAGAGGAGGGGCUGCACAUGGAUCUCCCUCCCCGCUUACUUUAUACCUCAGCCACCUGUGUCCUGAGGCUUCCUCCUAUUUAGAAAAGGCACACGGGGCUCCCUGGAUCUACUUGGGGUCCACGAUCCCAUUUGUUGUACUCUCUCAUUUUUUUCCCCUCUGCCUGACCCCAGGAGAGACCUCUUUCCUUCUUUUCGAGAAAGGCGUCUUCCUACAAGGGUGAUGGAACCCGAGAAGCGUCCCAAGGCUUCCCUGGGUCCUGCCCGAGCCCCUGGGUGAGGCAGAGUCCACAUCCCCGUCUCUUUUCCUCGGGAAGACCCCUCUUCUCCUUCCGCACGUGGGUCUGGGGCUCCAGAAGCCCGGAAGAUGUGUGUUGGCGAGGGCUGCUUUCAGGGAGGCUGGCUUCCCUAAGCGCCCUUGCUCACUCAGGACAGAGGAGAAAAGGGAAGGCAGAGGCCGGCCGGAGCAGAGCGAGGCGUGUGUUUUCCUUGAGAAACAUCCGCUGACAGCGGGCGCCAGGGGCACGGCUAGGUCUGGGAGAGUUCCCCUCCACGUCCUCGCACAGAGGGUCGCCGGUCCACCCUGCCCACCUGUGCCCCGCGUAGGGCAGUGCUGCCAGCUUCGCUGUUCUGACAAUGCACCGGGAUCGCGAGAACCGGAGAGUCCGGGAGGAAUGCUCUUCCCGGGCAGGGCGGGCCGGGUUUUGGAGAGGGGAGGACACUCAUAGCACACUGAUGCGCUCACAGAGAGGGCGUGUUAGUCGUCCUGCCUGGAACUGGGACGGAGACGACCCUCCCUGCGCGCUUGGGGAGGUGCUUCCUCUUGUCACACGCCUCCAUCUUAACCCCCAACUUCCAGGUGGGGCCUCCCAGGCGUGGCGGAUGGAGUCCAGGCGGAUGGAGCCCUUGCUUCCCAAGCGUUUCUGUGGGAAGUUGCACCCCCUUGCCCUGGCCCCCCAGCUUGCCAAGAUGAGAGAAAAAAGUGCACAAUUCCCUCCAGAUACUUUAUUUUGCCACUCAGCUGUUCAUUACAGAGGAUUGUUUUAGCAAGACCCAGGUCCUAGACCUUCUAAUUCUUAUUUAUUUUUUUGACAGACUAGUCACAAAGUAGAGCACAAGAUCUCUCCUCCGCUCCCUUUGGUGGUGUUCCAGAGAAGCGUCUGUGGUUGUAAUUUGGAGUAACUCAUAUUUAUUCGGCUCACUCUGCUUAUCUGGGUGUCCGUGCAUUGUGUGUGUCCUUGUGUCCUGGAACCGCACGUGCGGGAGUCAUUCUGCCUGUGGAGUGCCCUCCUUUUCUCAGUGUUGCCAACAUAUCUUAUAAUUGUUUACUGAAGAGUUGUGUCUAUUUAGAAAAUAUAUAUAUAAAUGUGU